CGGCCAGUGCUGGGUCCCGGGCCGGGGCCGGGGGAUCGGCGGCGCGCCGGGGCCGAGGGCUGGGGCAGGCGGGGCUGCUCGCUGCCUCUCGCUCGCCGCGGCGGGCACGGCGGCAGGCGCCAGCGAGGCCUGCGGGGAGAGGAGGCGCAGCCCGGCGGGUGGGACUCUCGGCCAGGCACCGGCCCGCGCUCAAUCGGCGCGAUGCUCUUCUCGCUCCGGGAGCUGGUGCAGUGGCUGGGCUUCGCCACUUUCGAGAUCUUCGUGCACCUGCUGGCUCUGUUGGUGUUCUCCGUGCUGCUGGCGCUGCGUGUGGACGGCCUGGCCCCCGGUCUCUCCUGGUGGAAUGUUUUCGUGCCCUUCUUCGCCGCUGACGGACUCAGCACCUACUUCACCACCAUCGUGUCCGUGCGCCUCUUCCAGGACGGAGAGAAGCGGCUGGCCGUGCUCCGCCUCUUCUGGGUCCUCACGGUUCUUAGCCUCAAGUUCGUCUUCGAGAUGUUGUUGUGCCAGAAGCUGGUGGAGCAGACUCGGGAGCUCUGGUUCGGCCUGAUCACGUCUCCGGUCUUCAUUCUCCUGCAGCUGCUCAUGAUCCGCGCCUGCCGGGUCAACUAGCCUCGCAGAGGGGCCGGAGAAGGAGCUCCGGCUAGCUAGAAUGCUGGAUCCCCAGCUGAGGUCCCACUUCCACCGCGCCAGAGAAGUCUAGAGCCCUGCUGAGUGCCCAGUUUUCUCUAUACCAAUCAUGUCUGAAAUUGUGCCCUCAGCAGGCCUAAAAAGAGCAGCCUUGAUCCUUAAAACGUAUUUCCUGUUAUUUCAUGCUUUGAAUAGCUAAUCUUGAAUUGAGAUCUUGAGAAGGGCCCCAGGCCAGACGGUACUGAACGCCUGUGAUAGUUGAAAACUGCAUAUAAGUAAAAUGUUCUGAUGGGCUCUGAGUAUUUUCAUGGAUCCAGGGAAAGUACCCCCUGUGCAAAGGCUGCAGAGCUGGACUCGGGGAUCUCCUCUGGCCAGCACUGCUGACCUAAGAGCUCACUGCCCCAUUCAUCCAGACAAGACUUCCUUAGAUGCUUGAAUUCUAAGAAGUGUAAACCAACUGUGUCUCCUCCCCUGUGCCACUGGGGAGGAUGGCCCUUUCUUCAUUCCGGCCCAGGCAGACAGGAGUAUGUUGAAUAAGCACGAGUGGGACCCUAUCUGGAGAUCUGUCGCCUGAGAAAAGAACUUUGCUUUCAAGGCGCUGCUUGGCUUCCUAUCCCAGCAGCUUGCAGUGUCACUUUGUGGCCGGCACUGUUAGCGCACCUGAGACAGAUUUAAGCCUCCCUAAGGGACCAGAGAGAAGAACAGGUGCUCUGAUGCUCAUGGGCAUUGAGACCUACCUACAAAUGGAAAGUUUGCAAAUGGUCUCGGCCCACGUUUGUCAGCCUGAGGUCUUUGUUUUGAUGCCAGUCAGGUGCCAAAUGAGAACAUAUGCUGAGAUAAAAAUAAAAUAAGAGAAUGUUUUGCUGAAA